AUGCUGUCUAGCCCCAUAACGUCGACGCCUUUCUCAGUCCGAGAUAUCCUGCGUCGGGAACAGGAGCAGCGCUGGCCGCCGCCCAACUGGGCUGUAGUCUGUGGCUCCCACGCGGGCAGGGCGCAGGAAUUGCAGCUGUCUCCCGAGGCACAGGGCCCACCCAGAAGCCCCAGGGCUGCCCCCUCCAGUCACGGGCCUCCAGCUCCUGGCAGCUGCUGGCCCAGCGCCACCGCCAAGGAAGAGUUCGAGGUCUUGGAGAGCUGCUGUGAUUCAGUCCUUGAGGUGACCACGGAACCAGCGGGCAUGACAAGGCAAGUUCCGGGCGGAGAUAGGGAAUCGGAGGACGGAGUCAGCAGCAGCACGGGCUGUCCCGGAGGUCCCUUCGCCGAGCGCUCCAAGGCUCGUCCGAGACGGAAGCCCCGCGUCCUCUUCUCGCAGGCGCAGGUGUUGGAACUGGAGCGACGCUUCCGGCAGCAGAGGUACCUGUCGGCGCCCGAGCGCGAACACCUGGCCCGCGCGCUGCAGCUCACCUCCACGCAGGUGAAGAUCUGGUUUCAAAACCGCAGGUACAAGUGCAAGAGGCAGCGGCAGGACGCGUCCCUGGAGCUGGCUGGCCAGCCGCUCCCGCCCCCGCCGCUGUCCGCGCGCAGGGUGGCGGUGCCGGUGCUGGUCCGAGACGGCAGACCCUGUGUCCGAGCGGGAGGCCAGCCCUACCUGGCUCCGCCCUAUGCACCCUACGCGUGCUACGGCACCCCUUACAGCGCCGGGCCCGCCGCCGGCUACCAAGCCGCGGGCUCCGGGGCGAAGCUGAGCUUCGGCGGGGCGGAUCUGGCGGCCCAGAGCUCCCUAACACAAGCACCAGGCGCGCUUCAGGGCGUCAGGGCCUGGUGA